CUUGCUGAAAGCCACAUCCCUUAGACGGCUUCGGGCACCACCAUGCCAGCUCAGCAGAAGAAAAUCAUCUUUUGCGUAGCUGGGGUGCUGAGCCUUGCCUGCGCGCUGGGGACGGCAGCAGCCAUCGGCACGCAGCUCUGGGUCAAGGGGACGAUCCUCUGCAAGACUGGAGCCCUGCUCGUCAACGCCACCGGCCAGGAGCUGGAGAAGUUUAUUGGCAAAAUCCAGUACGGGCUUUUCUACGGCGAACGCGUGAGACAGUGCGGGCUCGGGGGGAGACCUUUCCAGUUUUCAUUUUUUCCAGACUUGCUCAAAAUUAUCCCCGCAAGUAUCCACGUCAGUGUCAUUCUCUUCUGUACAGUACUGAUCAUCUUUGCUCUGGUGGGAGCAGGUUUCUUCAUGUUCAAUGCUUUUGGCAGCCCUUACGAAACCCUGCACGGUCCUGUUGGGUUGUACCUCUGGAGCUUCAUCACCUGUUGCUGCGGUUGCCUCAUCAUGAUCCUCUUCUCUUCAGAGGUGAAGAUCCAUCACCUUUCAGAGAAAAUCGCUAAUUUCAAAGAGGGAAGUUUUGCGUUCAAGAUUCACAGUGAACAGUUUGCAAAUUCAUUCUGGGUUGUCCUGGUUUGCUCCCUGGUGCAGUUCCUGAAUGCCUUGUUGAUACGAUUUGCUGGAUUUGAAUUUCCCUUUUCAAAGCCAAAAGGUUCAGAGACAACCACUGGAGCAGUUGACCUGAUGUACUAAAAUUACACAGUUUAAGAACAUUUCAAGUAAAGAGGUUCACCGCUACCUUCAUUCAACAACCACCAGGUGUACUAACCUCGUGCAUGACCCUCUCUGAAGGAGUUUAAAAGAAGCAAAGGUUUCAAGUAAAUGUCAAUAUGGCACAUGCAGUAAAGAAAAGAAGACAUGCUAUUUAGUAAAGUCUUUAUCAAAAUGCCCUCUCUUUCUCAGAGUAAGGUCUUAUGAAGACACUUUCCCAGCGAGUUAUUUGAAAAGUAGCUAGCAUGAAGCAAACCAGGAACAUCAAUGGCUUUGAACCACAUCUAGAAAGUGAAAUAAAUAGGUUGCAAUAUAGGCACACACUAUCACCAGCAGCGGUUUUGCCCUCUAGCUCUUGUGGGGGGAGGAUGCAGUUGUUACCGCAUCAGGGUGGCAGAGAACAAGGAUGCUGAGUAAAUCUACAGACAUCAGACAUGAGAAAAGACAGCGUACAGGCUUUGCUCAGAACGCCAGGUUCCAUCUCAAAAGCACAAUGCUCAGAAGGACACAAUGCUAGUGCUUGCAGGAUAAAACCCAAACACCUGAACCCACCUGUAAUGCUUUAACUGAGCCCCACAUGCAUUGCAAUGCCAUCACUUUUGCCCAUAAGGUUCUCUCUUGGGUUUGUUAGUUUUAACAAACCAAACUAACUUUUUGACCCUGAAGUCCUGAAAGCCCUCCCUGUGUGAUCACUGUAGCUGGGGGCUUCAAAAUCUUGGUUAAAAAGCUGCACUCUGCAAAGCAAAACAUAGAGGAGAUGAAGGUGCUCCCUCCUGCUUGGCAGCCUGCCUUGGUGCUGCUGAACAACCCCUCUGCAAGGCACCAAGGCAAAGAGAUGGGACCGAGCACCCUUCACGGAGCACUACACCUUCCCAACACCUCACAAGUGGGAGCAUGAGGAAUCCUGCUCAGAAAACAGCCCUGCAAACUCUCACUAACAAACGAAGUCAAACCCUUUGGCAAAGGGCAGCAAUGGAAUAACAUGACAGACAGGCUUGUUGCAGCUCAUCAGAGACCGAGGAAGAAAUACAAGAUGUUCUCUACCUCAAGGCGUGGAGAAAGCCAGAACAGACAAAUGCAGCAGCCCUCACACCCUGAGACUCCCACAAGAUGGUUAAAGCCAGCAGAUCACUCACCCUGGGUACAGCUGUACCAGCCCAAGGAUGCGCAGGCACAUCAAAAGAGCCUUACGACUCCAAAUGCCUUCUUCAUGGCAUUCCAUGAGUGCCUUGGAGAUGAGAAGCUCCUUGCAGGACACCGAGACAGCAUUCAAAGCAAACCCAAGAGCAGCUGCCCAGGGGCCAUUUAUCUGCUGGGGCUGCAGCCUGAUGCCACCCAGCUGCAGGGGAGGCGUGAACCCACCCAGCACCCCAGGUGACCCGUGGUGGUCAUCAGGCCCAGGAACCUGCUCGGAUUUGCCUCAGAAAACUGGAUGUUUCAAGCUCCAGCAGCUUCAGAUGACCUCACUGACUUUCAUGUCAUUUUUUUUUUAUACUUUUACUAUGAAUGGCAAAACUUUUCCAGGCUAUUUUGUAAAAGGAUUGUCAUCUCAGCCCCUACGCCACAAACCCUUUGACCAAGCAGCUCUGCCUGCCCACGCUGUAGCCUGUAUCCCCAGAUUUGGACCGUGUCUAAGGGCUUCUGCAAGUUGCCACAACCCCCAACUUUUUUUCCCCAUCAUUUUCUUCUUAAUUAAAAUGCAUAUUCUUCUUGUGGUUAAUAGAUCUGCUUAAUGCAUAAUUUGUAUGACAUCUUGUGGUAUUGUUUACAGUAAAUAAUGAAAAGUAACGUUUCAUCCUUCUUGUUCCUGAUGUUUCAGGAAGCUGCUCUGCCCUGCAGCUUCAUGGAAGCUUUGGCAAGCGGCAACGUACAGGGCCAGCCGUACAGGCUCUUCCCAUGUGUGAACCUUUCUCAGAGCGGUUCUUGCCGGCCUUGAACCAUAUGUGUAAAAUACAGAGUUGCAAAGACCCACCUCAUCACAAAAGAGAAACCCUUUCCCACCUCUUUUGUAUCAGUAUGUACCCUGUCGGUCGCUUGUAAUCCAUGAGCAUCAGCUGAAGU